UUCAUUAGGCACCUUGACCAACUCGACCGGGAUCCGAGAAACCGCAACCGACCACGUUAUGCUAAAGCCAUCUCAGUAGUCCAAAGCUCUGGGGUUGGGAAAUCGCGUAUGCUGACGGAGGUUGGUAGGCAAAUCUUUACCCUCCCUAUAUGUCUUCGUAGACCGGAUAAUCCUGGUUACCCGUUAUCGGACGAGCCCGUGUCCACCUAUUUUGGGGAGCUCAAGACCAAGUGCGGCAACAAUAGCCUUAGCAUCAGUACACUUUCGGGUAUCGCUGAUUUCCUUGCAGCUGCGCAUGAGACUAUGGUAGGGUCUCUCGAAGAUAUUGUUGUUGAGCUUGGACAAGAGAAUUACACAAGGGCAGAGGUUCUUGGUCGUUGGCACCAGAAAAUGGAGGGGGAAGGCCAACGAGAUUUUCGGGUGGAGUUCUACAAAAGGGUGAUGGAAAGCGUCCAGCUACAUUCAAGUGAUGAUGCAAAACCAGGGAAAAGUCCCAAGCUCGAUGGGGCAACAAAGGAAGGAACAGAAAAGGCCAUCGGGCUUGCCCCGACCUAUUAUGAGCGUGCAAAGGAAGCGGUUGAGAACCUUAUGGCGUUCAUCAAGAAUCUUCCCAGCGAACCACCUUCCGAUGAUCUACCCUACGACGGCCUCCCCCAGGGCCCACUGUGUGUCACAUACUUUGAUGAAGCUCACGAGUUGGGAAUGUGCUUCUGGAUUAUGUUACGUUUAUUGCAAAACCAAGACGAGUCCGUAAGAAUGUGGUAUGUUUUUAUGGGGACGAAGGCAAGCGUAGCGUAUUUUGCACCUCGUUCUCAAGACAUGGUUUCCGCAAGACUCAGAGAGGAACAACUUCGCCUAGACCCCCCCUACUUUGCUCUUGGUUUUGAUCAGUAUGCCAGCGAGCAUGCCAAAUCCCUGACACCUGCUAAGAUCGGUUAUUUCGAAACAAUGGAGCAUAUCAGCCAAUAUGGGCGGCCAUUGUGGCGCGCCAUGUUACCCAAGAAAGGCAAUGAACUGGUGAAUAUUGCGGCUUUCAAGCUCACUGCCGGUGAUAAGGGAGGAUUCCAUCCCCACGAUAAGCGCCAUGUAUUCGCUGUGCUUUCACAGCGGCUUUGCCUCGAUCUUGUUAUAGCGAAUCGUGAGGCCGUCAUGUUAGCCAAUCGGAGCGUCUCGCAUCACAUGAGGCUCCUCACGGGCCUCUCGGUUGACAACGCGUUAUACUACACUCAUUCACCCUCGGAACCGGUUCUGGCCUUGGGUGCUGCACUACUCUUGUACGAUCAUCCUGGGCAGUUACCUUUGGCUCUGGAUACGUUGAGCCAAGAUUUGUGCCUUGCUGGUCUGGUCGAAAAGGGUCUUAUGGGUGAACUUGCUGCCCGCUUCCUUCUCCUCACCGCGCGCGACUAUGCGGCUCCAUUUGACGCCGAGGGGCACCGAAACCUGCUGAAACCUGUUCAUCUGUUGGAUGUCCUUCAAAUCCUUUUUGGCAAGGACUGGUGUAAUGAUGAUGAUUUCAAAACGGCUUUCAGUGACGCAUUUGUCAAUUUCACACAUUGGGGUGCCAGAGAUUUUUCCUUACCUGAGCCGCCUCCUCGAAAUUUACUUUCUAACCUCUGGGCUCGGGGGGUCAUAAUGCAGUGCUGCUUCAAUCAAACAUCGAUCGAUUUCUUAUGCCCGGUUUACUUUGGUUCCGUGGAUCCUGGGGCUAAUUUUGAUUGCGACCAGCUGUCGGGAUUUGUUAUUCAAGUCAAGAACAAAAAGAAAGGAGAUACUGAUACUGGUGCCCAAAGGAAUCUGCGACCCAAUGGAAUUAUCCGUGAUCCUGAAGACCCACUCCCCUAUCUUGCCUUGCUGAUGGAGCUUGGUACCGACUCCCAGUAUCGAGAAGCAGAGUUCAUCACUUACUCCCUCCCAAAGCAUUCCAAGUCCUUCCAAUAUGGUGCCUUGAAGAGGGAGCACCAGAGUGCUCUAGAUAGGCUAUUCACGCAUAGAAACCAAAUUCCCAAGGGCAAAAAAAGAAAUCCUGAGGACAACGGACAGUUGAAGGUGCUGGAGGUGGAUGUUCAAGACAAAGAGCUGCAAAAGGAUUUAUAUAAUCGCUACUUGAUCUCUGCCCGAGGUGCAAGCCCUAAGACCUAUGACAUACUUAGGACAGCAGGAAUUGAGCAGCAGUUUGAAACCUUUCUUGGCAUUGUCCUGCCUCAGGAAUUGUCUCAUGGGGAUGAAGUUGCUCAAAUGUGGCCCCUGAAUCACAUGGAGGAUCAUGACUCGUGGAUUACCAAUUAUGCAGAGAAUAUGUCUGAUGAAAUGUAAAUUAAAAUGUGAUUCCAAAUGUAUUUUUGCUUAUUGACCCC